AUGACCCUUAUUUCAAUAGCAAAUAUAACAAGUUCUGAAGCUGAAAAAUUUGGUGUGAGACCAUUGGGAGAGACGAGGCCUCAACAGAUGAUGGCUGCAUUAUACCUACAAGUGAGUAUCGUGAGUCAGGCUCUCAUAUUUGUUACAAGGUCUCGCAGCUGGUCCUUUGCUGAACGCCCUGGACUACUCUUACUCUUUGGUUUUGUAGCUGCACAGCUGAUUGCCACCUUGAUAGCUGUUUAUGCUAAAUGGAGUUUUGCAAAGAUAGAAGGAUGUGGUUGGGGCUGGGCCGAUGUCAUCUGGCUUUACAGUGUGGUAACAUAUAUUCCGCUUCACUUACUCAAAUUUGCGAUCCGCUACGCUUUAAGUGGGAAAGCUUGGGAUACCCUUUUGGAAAACAAGACUGCUUUUACUACAAAGACUAACUAUGGGAAAGAGGAGAGAGAAGCACAGUGGGCUACUGCACAGAGGACUCUACAUGGCCUUCAACCACUGGAAACCACUAACCUUUUCUCUGACAAGAGCAAUUAUAGGGAGCUUUCAGAAAUUGCAGAGCAAGCCAAGAGACGGGCUAAGGUUGCAAGGUGAGUGAAUAUUUGCUCUU